GAGGACUGACAUGAUAUUUACGUCCAAGGGAGACCUCACUGGGACGGGACAGGUAAUGCAUAGCAUACAUCCGCGGUGAUUGGUGUCAAGGAGUGGAAAAAAGGGUAUAGAUAAUGCACAGACAUGGUGCCUUGUCAAACCCAUGUGUUGUUGAAGUGGCAGGAGCACUUCAAUAGUUCCUGGGCUGCUGAAGACAGUGUUCACACGGCCAGGAGACAUGGUGCUGCUGUGCUCUACAACAAGCUCCUCUACAACAAGGAGGUGGUGACUCUGGCUCAGCCCGUCCAAGAGCUGGUCGGCCCACGGCUGCCAGACUUUGAGUGUGACUGCAGCGCCUCGGCGGAGAAGGAAGAGUACCUGUCAUCCCUGCUUCACAGCCAGCGAUGGCUUGCUCACCGCAUACUGACGCAAACCUCCUACACCCAGGCCCUCCACCACAGGCUGGUGGUUCUGCAGAGGGUCUACUACGCGCUUCACAGCAAAUGCCACGACAAAUUCCGUGUGCAGCUGCCCUCUCAGUCCACAGACAGCGGGGCUGAAAGCGGGCAAAAUGAGCUGGCCUCAGAGCCUUGCUUGCCAAGGGGAGCGUGCAAAAUAAAGUCAGGGACGGACGUUCUGAUAGAAAUGGGUGUGAGGACAGGCUUGAGUCUGCUGUUCUCUCUGCUGCAGCAGAACUGGCGCUACGCGGCCUCUGUGCACCCAGAGUCUGUCCUCUGCAAUGAUGUGCUUGCCACAGCAUCCUCCGUCCUGACUUCUCUGCCGCCCCUUUCUCUAGCAAAUGAGAACAAGAUCCCGUCAGUGGGUUUGGAUUGCUUGGUACAGGUAGCUGACUUCCUGAAGAAGACUUCGGUGAGCAGUGGGAGCGGCGGGGCGGACCCGACGGGUCGGAGGCUUGCGUUGGAGCUGCUCCUUGGCCUGGCUAUACAGAGAGGCUCUCUAAAAUUUCUGUUGGAAUGGGUGGAGGUGGCUUUGGCUGCUUCCAUGUCAUCAUCCCACUGUGUUCUGUCUUCCUCCUCCUCACUGGGCUCCCAGCAGUCAGCUGCUGUAGGCUUUGACGUCAUUCAGCAGACUCUUCUCCAAAUGAGGCAAUAUUCGGGUUUCCGUGGGGAUGCGGUCAACACUCAGGUGCUCACAAAGGAUGCUGAAGGACUCUGUCAACUCUCUCAGGCAGCUCUCUGCUUGUUUGAGGAGGUAUGCAACUUGGCAUCUUACUGCCUGUGCUCCUGCAGCACGGAUGCAGUGACUCCAGGUGCAGAGAGUGAAGCAGUUAUGGUGUAUGUGUGGGGCAGCAACAGCAGCCAUCAGCUGGCAGAGGGAACUCUGGAGAAAAUCCUGCUGCCAAAACUGACACAGGGCUUCAGUGAUGCCCAAAUGAUUGAGGCAGGCCAGUACUGUACCUUCUCAGUGUCUGCGGAUGGUUCAGUGAAAGCAUGUGGAAAAGGCAGCUAUGGCCGCUUGGGCUUGGGGGACUCCAACAACCAGUCCAUGCCCAAAAAACUUGUGCUAGAGCCACAUAGGAACAUGAAAAAAGUGUCCUCCUCCAAGGGCUCUGAUGGCCACACUUUGGCUAUCACUGUGGAGGGAGAGGUGUUUAGCUGGGGUGAUGGAGAAUAUGGGAAACUGGGUCACGGGAACAGUGCUACACAGAAAUACCCCAAAAUCAUACAAGGACCGCUCCUGGGAAAAGUUGUUGUUUGUGUGUCUGCUGGCUACAGACACAGCGCUGCUGUGACUAAUGACGGAGAACUUUACACUUGGGGAGAAGGGGACUUUGGCAGACUUGGGCACAGUGACAGCCAGAGUCGGAACGUGCCUACUCUAGUGAAGGAUAUUAGCGGUGUUGGGCAAGUGGCUUGCGGCAGCUCACACACUAUUGCUGUGGCGCAGGAUGGACGCACUGUGUGGUCCUUCGGGGGAGGAGACAAUGGCAAACUGGGUCAUGGCGACACCAAUCGUGUGUAUCGGCCCAAAGUCAUAGAGGCCCUGCAUGGAUUUAUCAUCAGGAAAGUGUGUGCUGGCAGUCAGUCAUCCCUCGCCCUCACCUCUGCAGGACAGGUGUUUGCAUGGGGCUGUGGUUCGUGUUUAGGAUGUGGCUCUUCUGAAACCACCUCGCUGAGGCCAAGGUUCAUAGAAGACCUGAGUAUCACAAAGGUUAUUGAUAUCUCAUGUGGGGACAGUCACUGUCUUGCUCUGUCUCAUGAGAAUGAAGUCUAUGCAUGGGGUAACAACACUAUGGGUCAGUGUGGACAAGGUCACACUUCAACUCCUGUUACCAAACCGAAGAAAGUGCUUGGCUUAGAGGGUGUCUCAAUCCAACAAAUCACUGCUGGCACCUCUCACAGUCUAGCAUGGACUGCAGUUCCAACAGACAGGCAACUAGUAGCAUGGCAUCGGCCCUUUUGUGUCGACUUGGAAGAGAGCACCUUCACCUACCUGCGCAACUUCCUAGAAAGUUACUGUGAUGGCAUUAGUACAGAUACACCCCCUGCUCCAUUUUUAUCAAAAAGGGACCACCAUCAUUUCCUUUUACUGUGCAUGAAGCUGCUGUCCAUCCACCUGUCCUUGGCCCACGCAGGGGGCACUGGUGCCAUGGUUCUGGGUGCUCAGGGCAGGCCCCUGAGAAAUCUGCUCUUCAGACUGAUAGACACUGACAUGCCAGACUCCAUACAACAAGCCGUUUUGAACACGCUGUCCAUCGGUGCAUCCCUCUUGCUACCCCCACUCAGGGAAAGAACAGAACUACUUCUCUCGCUCCUUCCUCAGGGUCCCCAAAGUUUAAAUGUUCUCUCCAAAGGACAGCGCCUGCAGUUGGACAUGGUCCUCAGCAGCCUUCAGGACCAGAGCCAUAUAGCCUCUCUACUAGGUUACAGCAAUUUUGGUGAGGUGACAGCACUGGGACCUCCUCUGACGCCUGCUGCGUCGGUCCGACCACCUUCCUCAUCGAGCUCUGUUGAGGCCUAUGACCCUUUGCAUUUAGCAGAGGUGCUGAUGAAAACCCUGCUGCUUAGCAUAGGCUUUUACACGGAGCAGCAGUUUGGAGAACUGGAGAAAAACAGUGAUAAACUGUCCAGUGACAGUCAGGGACAAACCGAUCCUCCCUCUUACUUCCACCACCUGCUGUCCGGACUCCACAAACAUCUGCUUGCCCACUGCUACAUUCAUUCCAUCCCUGAGGAUGACAGCAGCAUAGCUCUGCUUCGUGAGCAUCUUUACUUGCUACUUCCCUGUGCUGCUGAAACUCUCAGGAGAUCAUUUAAGCUGUUGAAGAGGAGCUUCCCAGACAAACAGAUUAUUAAAAAGCUGCAAAUGGUUUUGUACAAUUCGGUUGCGGGCAGCCUGCUGUGCCAGGUCAUGUACUCCUUGCUGCUGCUGCCCCUGGGUACAGUUCAACCACUACUGAGCCAUUUACUGUCCUUGUUGGAGCACCUCAAUGAUUUCAACAGUUUGCUGCCAGAGACAGUCCUGCUAGAGGAGCAAGAACUGGGAGUACAGCCUCAAAAGACCUGCUCGGAUAAAAGUGAAGAAAAUACAAGCCUUGGACAGCAGCCGCAGGAGGAGGAGUGCAGAUGGGUUUGGCUGUUGGACCUAGAGCGGUCUGUAGCGCUGGCAGUCGGCCGCUGCCUCGGUGGUAUGCUUCAAGGCCCGCCACCCUCACUCCAGGAGAAGACGUCAGAGAUCUGGCUAUCAAAUGUCCUCCUCAGGAAUGGUCUUGAGAUGGACUUUGAACAGCUGGAGACUAGUAUGACAUGGCUGACCGAGAUGGUGCUGCUUGGCAGCAGUGAUGCUAGGCUAGCAGAGCUAAGUGUGACUGAGGACACCAGGACUUUGCUGGAACUGGUGCUGGGAUCCAACCGCGGUCAUGCAGGUGUCAUAUGGUGGAAGAUGGAGGAGUUUGCUCAGAAUAAAGAAUGGGACAGUGGAGGCUCAUCAGUGGACUGUUUGCUGCAGAUUGUCUGUCGCUGCAGUCUGGCUGCCCUUCUCAAACACACUGGCCUACAGAAUGAGGCCCACUGGCAGGACAGACAUGAGACCAGUGAGAUGCUGUUAGAUGUCUAUGAAGCAGUUCAUAAAAUCAGAAGUGCUCUGUUAGCCCUCAAGAACUCUCCAAAGAUGUCACAGGUGCAAACAGCUCCAAAGCAGAAUCGUCAGUCUCCCCAAAGUCCAGAUGUAGACAGGCAGGAGUCAUGUGCCUCCGUGGAGCAGGUCAAAAAGGAUCAUGAGCAGCUGCCGGGUCAGUGUAACCGAGAGGUGCAGGUGCCUCCACCACCUACAGCAAACCACAACCAGGAAGAGGUCGCAGAGGAGGAUCAAUUUAGUAGUCGUGUGUACCUAUCAGAGGUCCUGGAAUCAUUCAUGGCCACACGGGAAGCCAUGCAAGUACAGCAGAAUGUGACAGUGUACGAGUCAUUCGGUACCUCCACCCUCCUAACCAGCAUGGAGAGCCCUGUUACCCCAGAGAAAGAACUAGAUCUCAAACAACAAAUGAAGAGUAACCGGGAGAGUGAGGAAAACCUGUCUUUUCCCGCUGCCUGUCAUCUGGUUGUGUCCCGAUGUCUCUUUCUGCUGCUGGGGGUCAGGCCUGCCUGGGUAGAGCCCAACGCAGAAGAAAAGAGUCCGACUGUGACUGGGGCUCGGAAAUCCUCAAAAGAAUAUUUUACAGUGUCAGUUGAUGGACGAAUACAGUUUGAGCAGUCAAAAAACUCUCCAGGAUCAUCCAAAGCUAAAAUGGGCUUACCUCUGUGUUCUUUGGGGAUAAUGAAAGAUGCUUGGGAUCGCUUGCGUCAAUGCAUCAGCCCUACUUCCCCCAUGUCCCACUGUGGCAACAACAGCAGUUUGGCAGUUCUUAAUCAGGUGUUUCACUUUAUAUGUGGAAGCCUGAACCAAUUGUCACCUUCUUCACCAACUCUGGCAGCUGGACAGAGCUACAGUCAGGCAGAUCCAAAGGCUAUUGCUUUUGCUAUACUGCAGCAGCAACAGCGGGCUGAGAUGCGUUUGGAGGCUUUGUGUCAGAUGUCAGCCUUCCUGUCUAAGAUGGAGGACAAGAAUGGUGGAUCCUCAGUUUCCCUUCAGUCUCCUGCUUUAUUGGAGUCUGUGCAGCUCCAGUUCCUCUCCGGGUGCUUUGCCUUGGGAACACAAAUCAUUGGCUCUGACUCUGGAGCUAAUUAUGAGACUCAGCAUUACAUGUAUGGCACUAAGGCAGCUUCUGUAGAGACACAAAGAGAGCUACAAUCUGUAGCCCAAACCUUCUACCAGCAAGUGGUGCGUGUCCUCAAACAGAGGGUUCAGUUGGAAAAAGAACAUCCAGGUUCCUGCCAGCACCUUCUCCUUGCCACAAUGUUUGCUCUGAACUUCUGUUACCAACCUGUGGAUCUAGUGCUGAUCAUCAAAUCUGGAAUCCUGGAAAUCCUCUCCACUCUGACCAAUAACAGCUGUGCAUUGAUGAACCAGGGCUGGUUUGCAGCCUCAACAACUGGACCGAUGUUACUUAGUGGGGCAGUCAGACUAGCUUGUGCCCGCCUUCUUCAGAUACUGACUGUAGCAGCGAGCUCCUGUGAGGAUUUGCUACCUUUGGAUGUUUCUCUUGCUUUAAUGGAAGUAAUGUGCGAUCAGUUGCAAAACAUCUUGCACAAAUUUCACCAACAACAGAUUGCAGAGAGAGAAACUGAGAAAGCGGAUCUGGAAACAAACAAAACAGAAAGCAGCAAUGUGGUUGAAUCCCAGCUGGCAGAUUUCCUGGUGUUUCUGAGGCGGGUAUUGUCAUUGAGAGUAAUGAAAAGACUUUCUACCUUUGUCAAGUGGAUUGAACCACUUAUGGCCAUCAUUUCACACAAGUGCUCUUCAGGAUCUCCAUGUUUCCAGAAUCUUCGGACUAAGCUUUUGGCCUUCCAUGUUUUAGAGCGAUUAUUACCUGCUUGUUCUGAGCCUGUUCAAAUUCAGCAGAUUGUUAAACACCUAUUUCAGCUAUUGUCUGUUUAUAUGUGGGAGAAGCCACUUGCUGAAAGAAACUACGAAGAGACAAAUGAAAAAGACAGAGUGAAUCCAUGCAACUAUGAUGAAUGUAUCCCCAUUGGAGAUUUUUCCUUUGAUCCACACAAGCUAGUUUGCUGCUCACUCGAGAGUGGAAACAUCCUCUCCCAUGGUUCAGGAGGAAAAGGCUUUGGCCUGGCAACCACAGCCAUUACCUCUGGCUGUUUCAUUUGGAAGUUCUACAUUGCCAAAGAGAACAGAGGAAACGAGGGCACGUGUAUUGGUGUCUCACGCUGGCCACUUAGAGAUCACAACCACCAUACAACCACGGAUAUGUGGUUGUAUCGUGCUUAUAGUGGCAACCUGUACCACGGAGGAGAACUGGUCCGGACCCUUCCCUCUUUUACUCAGGGUGACACUAUCACCUGCAUUCUUGACAUGGAGGCUCAUACAAUCUCAUUCGGCAAGAAUGACAAGGAGCCAAAGUUGGCAUUUGAAGGUGUGGUUGCCUCUGAACUGUAUCCCUGUGUCCUGUUCUACAGCAGUAAUCCUGGAGAGAAGGUUGCACUGCGGGACCUGCAAAUAAGAGGAAUGCCCAGUAAUCUCCUUCCUGGGGAGCCUCUAUGCAGCCCUCGAACAACCGUGCUGUUGGAGUCUACUAUUCAUCUCCUGCGCAGACUCCAUCAGUGUAACCAAUGGUCCUUGCACAUUAACCAGCACAUCCACACACACCUGGAGCUUAUCGGUCCUUUGCUGAGAGAGGAGGAUUUGGGAGGCAUUAAAGUCUCAGGUUUUGGUUUUACACAACAUGGAAAGGAAGACAAUAAGAGAGACCAAGACCUGGCAGCUGAAGACUCCAGGGAAUUUCAGGUCCAUUGUCCAUCCCUGUCAGAGCCAAAGCUGGCUGCUCUUUGCACUGAAGUGUGGCCGGUACUGGCCAUGAUUGGAGGUGUUGACAGUGGUCUGCGUGCUGGAGGGCUGUCCCGGCAUAAGCCCAGCGGGCGCCGGGCCGUUUUGCUCGGCGUCCUAAAAGAAGGAAGUUCUCUGGCCAAGCUUCAGUGGGAGGAGCCAGAUCUCUCUGUGAGCUCCAUGAAUUCUUGGUCACCCAGCGACACACCGAUCAUCUCACUGGAGCCCUGUGACAUAUCCUGCUGUGAUGUUACCCGCCUUGGAGGCCUCAAGCCAACGGUUUUGUUAGAUCUGAUAUACUUAAUGGGACUCCUGGAGGAACAGGGGUGGCUGGGAGCUCAUCCUCCCUCCAGAAGGAAAUACUCGGAGGAAAUUCUGAAAGAGGAUGAUACGGAGCAUGACUUGGAUGACAGUAUAUCAGAAGAUAGGAGAUGCCCAUCAGAAGAUGACCUGAAGAAGCAGAAGGGUGAGACACAUCCAUCCCUGCGGUCAUCAGUCAGCGAUACCACAAAGACUGCUGAUCCACAGGAAUUGGCUUCACAAACAUCCCAGAGCUCCAAAGUGGAUGCCUUCGCACUUGAACUGAGAGCAGUUAGGGUCUCAUAUCUUCUUAUUGGAGGCCUAAAAUCCCUGACUGUCAUUUUUAGCUGUGAUAAGCUAUCCGAUAUGCUCUUAGUGCCUAAAAAUGACACUACAAACUCCUCAGUAAGUUCCAUCUCCAGCCCUCCACCUGACCAGGCUAAAACCAGUAAGCAGUGGGAUGAAAGUGCUGAGCUGAGGUCAGUGCUGCAGUAUAUAGUGCAGAGUAUGGUGAAAUGGGCAGUCAGACCAUGUCCCAUCAAGCAGACUGUGUCCCUUGCUGAUUUGGAGCGAGCGCAAAUCAUGAUGUACAAAGGAGCCUUGAACCGACUGCAAGACAAAGAACGCAAAGAAUCCGGCAACAACCUCUCUUCUCAACCCAUCUCCAAGUCAUCCAGCUCAGUAUCUUUGUACAGUGCAGGCUCAGAGGGAACUGCAAUCUUUGGCCAAUCUAACAGAGCCUCUGCCUCAUCCUCUAACACUGAUUUGGCAUCAUCUCUGCCGACAAACCUGCAGACGGACGGUCUUGAAAAUUUCAACCCUUUUCUCCCCAUCAGUCUCCUCCAGCACAUGGUGCUAACUCGGUUCCCUACACUUACGGGCCUGGUUAGUGCUCCCCCCGUGCUGCACCCUUGCUUCAGCUUGGCCAGCUCUGCUUCUUGUGAUGCCUUCACAGAACAGCAGACUAGCUUCAUGGAACCUGGUCCCUGCAGCACACAGGCCAGAAGCAGCCUGGAAAGGACACAAAUGUUUGUCACCAGUCGCUUGCUAGAAAUGGGAUUCUCAAUGAGACAUAUCUACUGGGCCAUGGAGGCAGCAGAUGUAGCAGGUGACUUGGACUCUCAAACAAUUGAGGUGCUGGCCAGCUGGAUGCUAGAGCACCCCUUUACUGAGGACCAGCAUCCGCCUGAAUCACCAAGACCCGAGGCAGCUCCUGAGACUCCGUCACCCGAUGGUCCAGAAACAGUACAAUGUCCCGAACGUCCCACCUGCCAAACCAGUGAGAGCCUGUUGACAGGGCUUGACUGGAUAGAGAGGGAGAACUUCUUGGAUGUCCACCUCACCAGGAACAGACCUCCCCCAGCACGGCGGCAACGCUCAGGACCAACUCAGAGAACUUCAUUUCGAAGGGCAGACUUGCCAUCACCAAGUCCCCUCCCCCAGCUGUACCAGCAGCACACAACAGUUGGUGAUUGGCCAGAGCAAGUGGAGUUCCAUCCAUACUCUGCUGAGGAGGAAUCAGAGUUGGGAUACAUGGAUGACCCCUACCAUGAAGAAACAUACGAGGACCUGCUCACCCCUUCAUUCUUUAGUUUAGAAAGAGACACUCUACAGAUAGUGGAGAUUGGAGAAGAGCACAGUCAGAUGGUGAAAUGUGAGCUGUGCAACACCUUCACUCUGCAAUUUAACAAUCACAUAAAGCGACGACAUCCAGGUUGUGGGCAGAGUGCCGCUCGCAAGGGCUACGACAGUACUGGUGCUUACGUGGAUGUCUGGUUCAAAGGGGAGUGUGGCUCCAACUUUCCCUUCUACCUGCUGUGCAGCUCUUGCAGAGAAAAGUAUCUGGCUGCGAACAUAAGUGAUCCAAAUUCCAAAUAUGAAAGAAUUAAAGGUCUGACAUCAGAUUUAAUCGGGCAAAUGGACAGCACCUCAGAUGACGACUGGGAAAUGGGCCACCUGGAAGACUUUGAUUCAGACAAAUUGACAGGACUGGAAGAUUUUGGGCUCCUGCUCAGACCAUUGGGGCUGACUGAGAAGAAGCUGGUACCAGAUCCAAUUGUCUUUACUGAACCAGAUCCACUGGGAGCACUGGUUUACAGCUCAGGAUAUCCAGCAAGAAUUGCUGCUAAAGGCAAUACCCUGCUCGAACAGAAAACAUCUCUGAGCCUAGGGCAGCAGGCAGUGUCCCUGAGGGACUCGCAUGACAGACUAAAAGCCUUGCGAAGAGUCACAUCCACAGCACAGAUUCUUCUGGCUUACAGCAUGGUGAUGAGAGCGCUGUCUCAGACUGCCUCGAGUGCAUCAGUCUGCAGCCAGUCUAAUGGACUAGAGUCUCUGGGUCUGGCAGAUAUCCGCAUCCUGGUGCGUCUGAUGACUUUAGCGGCGGGGGGCAGAGCUCACACCUGUGUGGACAAUCAGUCAGGUGUGAAGGGACUGGCCACUGAACGCAACAGCUCUAUCUGCCUCAGCUUUCUUACCUCAGCCAUUGGUAGUGUGGUGUCCCACAGCCCCACUGCCUACAGGCAGCUUGUGGAGAUAUGCACCCAGGACCUAAUGGCAGCAGCUACCGGGGUGAACAUUGGAGCCAUUACUGAACCUCAGCAGAGAUCUCCUCUAACGAUUGCAACUCAGGGAGCCCAGCAGCAGCGGGACCACAAUGAUCAGACACCUCCAACAUUCCUGGUCACACAGAGGCUGGUGUCCCUGCUGACUGAAAAAAGCACUCAUUGUUACAGUUCAGACCGAGCUGAACAUGAAGCUAAUGAUGCCGGAAACCAAGGAGUGUCAUCCUCAUCUUUACCUCCCUCCCCCCUACCACAUCUGAGUGGCAGAGUGGGCCCUCUGGAGCUGGCAAACGCUUUGGCAGCAUGUGUCCUGUCUGCAAGGCUGAACAGUAAACACCGACAAUGGGCAGCUCAACAGCUGCUUCAAGCAUUAGCAGCCGCAGGGAGAGACGGUCCUAAUCGACCCCAAACAUACAGCGACUUGGCUGGUGACCUGCACAAAUGUUCUCUCAAGAGACUAGAAGGACAUUACAAUAAAGUGGCCAGCUGUUUCUGGAGCAGUGAGCAGAGUCUGCUGGCUACGUGCUCCCAGGACAAGGUGGUGCAACUGUGGACUAUCAGCCAAAACAGUGUGGAGUUACAGACCACCUUCUCCUGCAUUACCAGUAAGACAGACAGAUCAAGUACUGACAGACCUGGCAGAUGUCAGCAUACGUCUCCGGUGUACUGGAGUCCUGGUGGAAAUUUUUUGGCUGCCCCUGAGAACAAACACAUAAACAUCAUGAACAUAAAAGGAUCUCUCUGCCAUGUGGAGGCUCAGGGCUCCCGUAUCACAGCCAUUUGCUGGGCACAGAGCUUCAGCUUGUGGGUGCUGGAGCAGUCAGCGGCCAGCAAGAACAGACCUGCCGAAAGCCUGUUGGUAGGACGGCUGGAUGGGUCCCUCUGCAGGCUGCAGGUCACUAUGCAAGACACAGAGCUGCUUGUGAAGAGCACUGAACUAACCCACUGCCAAAGGAAAGAAGCCCCACAGUGCGUAGCCUGGCACACGGAGGACAAGCCUUUUGCAGCAGGCUAUCUAAGUGGGAAGAUCCUUCUGGCCUCAACUGACAGCUGUGAGAACUCACAACCUGUAGUGCUGUCCCUCUUCCAGGAUGGUGUAAAUUCCCUUAAGUGGGACCCCACUGGACACUUGCUGCUCUGUUUGGGGAGGUCAGAGAUUGUGAAGGUACUGGGCCGCUCUGAGGGCACCUGGGUGACCCUGCACACUCUUUUCCACACCAGCACUGUUAACGUUGCAGAAUGGUGCCCACUUGCUGGCAGAGUGCCUGAUCCCAGGCUCAUGAUGGCUGUAGGUUGUCAGAAUGGCUCUGUGCAUGUCUGGACAUUACCACAAGGGGGUACCAUUGUAUCUCUUCCAAAUACAUCAAACAGCUCCCAGUGCCGGGUUAAAACAACAGAGAUCAAGGAUGGUGCAAAGUGUGCAUUCGUUCUGCAUGGUCACAUUACAGCUGUCAGGUCCUUGUCGUUUUGCCCCAGUGGUCUGGCACUGGUUUCUGGAGGCAUAGGGGGACUGCUCAACAUCUGGUCUCUACAGGAUGGCUCCGUUUUACAGACUGUGACAGGACUGGGCUCAGUUGUUAGCACUAACUGGAUACCAAAUUUAGGUGUUGCUGCCUGCUUUGGGAGAUCAAAGGAUGUUUUAUUGAUUUGCUGCACUCCUGACUGGAUCAGCCAAAACCAUGUCUUGGCAUCCUGUCGGAUGGUUCUCCGGAGCCAGAACAUCUUGGGGCUAAAUAGGGCACCUUGUUUGACUGUCUUCUUGGAGAGGCUGCCCCUAUUACUGCAGGAUCAGUACAGCUAUGAGCGGACCCACGUAGCAGCUGGCGACCAGCUUGUCCACGGUGCCUUCCUGCAGAGUCUGGCAUCCUUGGCAGUUGGUUUGUCCUUAGACAGACACCUGUGCUUUUACCCACGGCCCCCUCACCACACCUAUCCCGAUGCUCAUUCCAGCGUGACGGAGUGGGCCUGGCUGCUCUCUUAUGCUACUACUGUCCGCAGUGCUGAGGCUAUUGCCAGUGGUACUUGCUUCCCCGAGUCCUUCAUUGUUUCAGAUUUUCAGGAGGAGCCGGAUGCUAACAUCACCAAGGCACUGGACAAUAGCAAGUGGAGUUUCAGUAUGGAUGAACAGCUGAUGUCCUGGGCCACCCACAGACCAGAGGACUGGCAACAAGGAGGCAAAACUGAAGUCUAUCUGUGGGGGAAUGGGCGCUAUGGACAGUUGGCAGGAAUGGGAACGAACCUCACAACACCUACACCUGCAGCCUCUUUAUUACAGACACAACAGGUUGUAUGUGGUCAGAACUGUACAUUUCUGCUCCAAUCCAAUGGGACCGUUUUGGCUGUUGGAGAAGGACAAUAUGGUCGACUGGGUCAAGGGAAUUCAGAUGAUCUCUACGUUCCCACCAUUAUCUCUGCAUUUCAAGGGUACGUGGUGACGCAGUUGGUGACGUCUUGCGGCUCAGAUGGACACUCUAUGGCCCUGACUGAAACCGGGGAGGUUUUCAGUUGGGGAGAUGGAGAUUUUGGAAAACUGGGCCACGGCAACAGUGAAAGACAAAGGAGACCAAAACAGAUAGAGGCCUUGCAAGGAGAGGAAGUUAUCCAGCUUUCCUGUGGAUUCCGACACUCCGGUGUAGUUACAGCGGAUGGCAAAUUGUUCACCUUCGGCAGUGGUGAAUCUGGGCGUUUAGGUCAAAGGUCAACAUCCAACAAGAUGCUGCCCGAAAGGGUGGCUGCAUUAGAGGGAUAUCAUGUAGGACAGGUGUCAUGUGGCCUCAACCACACAUUAGUGGUGUCUCUGGAUGGCAUGGUAGUGUGGGCAUUUGGAGAUGGGGAUUAUGGCAAAUUGGGAACAGGUUCCUCUACAGCCAAAUACUACCCUCAGAAAGUGGAGAACCUUUGCAACAAGGGAAUUAAGAAAGUCUGUUGUGGGACUCAGUUUUCUGUGGCCCUGGCUUGUGAUGGACACGUCUACACAUUUGGACAAGAGCGUCUGAUUGGUCUACCAGAUUCCAUGUUGAAAAAUAAAGCCACCCCCCAGGUGGUGCCGUCCCUGGAAGGAUUGUUCAUAGAGGAUAUUGCUGUUGGCUGUGAACAUGUUCUCGCUCUUUCCUCCACUGGAGAUGUUUACGCAUGGGGCUGCAACAGCGAGGGACAGCUUGGCCUUGGACACUCCAAUCCAGUGAAGGAGCCGAUACUCAUAACAGCCCUCCAGAGCAAACAGAUCAGACAGAUCUCUGCUGGCCGCUGCCACAGUGCAGCAUGGACAACUCCCUCUACUUCCCUGAAAACCUCAGGUGGCUCAGGACAGUUCCAGCUAGGCCUUCCCCAGUCAGUCCCUCCACAGUACAACACUCUGAAAGACUGCAGCCCUGAUGUCCUCGGCAUGCGCCUCAGGGUGCUCUACCACUUCUCUGAUCUCAUGUACAGAUCCUGGAGGCUGCUUGAUCUGGACUCAAAGAAUCCGAUGUCCACUUCACGCUAUAAUUCAGGAACAGCAGCCAUCAUCCGGGGUGAACUCCGAGGCCUUCUAUCACCCAAGGUCAACACUCUUCCUCUCGUGCGCUCCAUCAGCAGGACAAUGACCCAGGGUAAAACAUAUGGGCCACAGAUCACUGUCAAGCGGAUAUCCACAAGAGGGCGGUCGAGCAAGCCCAUCUUUGUGCAGAUUGCAAAGCAGGUAGUGAGCCUCAACCCUCUUGAGCUGCGACUACCAUCACGAGCCUGGAAGGUCAAGCUGGUGGGGGAGGGCGCUGACGAUGCCGGCGGAGUGUUCGAUGAUACCAUCACUGAGAUGUGCCAGGAGCUGCAGUCAGGUGUGGUGGAUCUUCUGAUUCAUACACCCAACAGCUUUGCAGAUGUGGGCAGCAACACUGACAGGUUCUUGCUCAAUCCAGCAGCACAGUCAGAAGAUCAUAUGGUCCAGUUUCGCUUCUUGGGGAUCCUUAUGGCUGUAGCCAUCCGAACUAAAAAGCCCCUUGAUUUACAUUUGGCUCCUUGGGUGUGGAAACAGCUUUGCUCUAUGCCUUUGGGAGGAUCUGACCUGGAGGAGGUAGACCUGCUCACACACCGCACCCUUCAAGGCAUCCUUCACUUGGAGAACAGCGGAAUCAACGAAGACAAUUUCUAUGUGAUGAUUCCUCUGGAUUCGUUUAUGGCCCACAGUGCAGAUGGAAGGCUGGUGCCUGUGGUACCUGGAGGCCAGAACAUUUCCCUGACUUUUUCCAACAGAACUGAUUAUGUAGAGAGAGCUCUGGACUACAGACUGCAUGAGAUGGAUUCACAGGUGGCUGCAGUCAGAGAGGGCAUGUCCACCAUCAUCCCCGUGCCCCUCCUCUCCCUGCUGACAGCUCAGCAGCUGGAGCAGCUCGUCUGUGGCUUGCCGGAGGUCUCUGUUGAGAUGCUGAAGAAGCUGGUGCGCUAUCGUGAUAUCACCGAGAGCCACCAGCUAAUUGGCUGGUUCUGGCAGAGCUUGGAGGAGUUCACCAACGAGGAGCGGGUGCUUUUCCUACGUUUCGUCUCUGGCAGGUCAAGGCUGCCUUCCAACCCAGCUGAUAUAACACAGAAGUUCCAAAUCAUUAAAGUGGACAGGCCAAUCAACGGACUCCCUACCGCGCAGACCUGCUUCUUCCUGCUUCGCUUGCCGCCGUACACAAGCCAGGCCGUCCUCGCCGAACGUCUCCGUUAUUCAAUUCACAACUGCCCCUCAAUCGACAUGGACAACUACAUGCUGACCCACAACACUGACCCAGCGGACAGCUCAGACACUGAGGACUAAAGCUGGAAACGAGAGGGUCAUGAAUGUAACUUCUCUGAUGCCAUGCACAUUGCACUGAACACAGAUUUUUACUUUAGGUUAGCGUUCUGUUUAUAGGUUGGUUGAUUUAAAGAUAAAUGUGGUUUUUAUUUUCCAGCUGUGCACGAUGUUGAAAUUAUUGCAGCAGUAUUAGCAGGAGACAGAAAAAUGAUUUUUAAAAUGAUAGGUGAGUAAGCCACAAUAAUGGACUCUAUGUGCCUGUUUGUUUGAAAAUAUAUAAUAAUUUAACGACAUCAAAUACUGUUGUCAUUGUAAAAUAAAGAGU